CCGGACUCACAUAUGUUAAUGAGGCGAUAUCCAGUUCUGGGCUGCUUCAUCUUAGGCGUCAACGUUUCUUACAGCAAGUUCUGCCUUCCUUGCUGUUAGCAGCUUGUGGAUCUCAGCACCAGCUCAACCAUGUGGACCCCGGAUGAGAUUGCGCGCCUGUGUUACGAGCACUAUGGGAGCAGGCUGCCCAAGCAGGGGAAGCCUGAGCCCAACCGGGAAUGGACGUUACUAGCAGCCGUGGUGAAGAUACAGCCUCUAGCUGGCCAAGCCUGUGACUGCCCUGACAAACAGGUGCAAGUGACAAAGGAAGUUGUCUCAAUGGGAACAGGAACAAAAUGCAUAGGCCAGUCCAAAAUGAGGAAGAGCGGAGAUAUCCUCAAUGAUAGCCAUGCUGAGGUCAUAGCCAGAAGGAGUUUCCAAAGGUACCUCCUCCAUCAACUUCACUUGGCGGCCACACGGAAGGAGGAUAGCAUUUUUAUCCCAGGAACUCAGAGAGGACUGUGGAAACUCAGACCAGACCUUUCAUUUUUAUUUUUCUCCAGCCAUACGCCCUGUGGGGAUGCCUCCAUCAUUCCAAUGCUCGAGUUUGAAGAUCAGCCUUGCUACCCUGUCAGUAGAGAUUGGGCCCAUAACCCAUCAGUGGAAGCCAGUGGCAACCCGGAAGCUACUGAAGAUAAAAGGAACUGUGAAGACCCGGACAGUCCCGUGACCAAAAAAAUGAGGCUUGAGCCCGGAACUCCUGACAGAAAAGUCACCAACGGUGUGGCUCCCCAUCAGAGCUUUGGCAAUCGGGGAAGUGGCCCAAUCCCACCGAGUGGCAGCAGCUCUGACGUCACCUCAGAGGAACUGGCCACUGUUACUGGGACGGCCCCCAGUGGUCCCAAAGUGGUGGAUGUUUAUAGGACAGGAGCCAAGUGUGUGCCCGGCGAAGUUGGAGACGCGGGGAAGCCUGGUGUUGCGUAUCACCGGGUAGGGCUGCUCCGAGUGAAGCCAGGCCGGGGAGACAGGACUUGCUCCAUGUCCUGCAGCGACAAGUUGGCACGGUGGAAUGUCCUCGGAUGCCAGGGGUCACUGUUGAUGCACUUCCUAGAAGAGCCUGUCUACCUGUCAGCCGUGGUCAUCGGGAAGUGCCCGUACAGCCAGGAAGCCAUGCAGAGGGCACUGGUUAGGAGGUGUCAGAAUGUCUCCUCUUUACCCAAAGGCUUUGGAGUUCAAGAAAUAAAAAUACAGCAGUCGGAUUUACUGUUUGAGCAGAGCCGCUGUGCAGUGCAGGCAAAAAGGGCUGACAGUCCAGGGCGACUUGUUCCUUGUGGAGCAGCCAUCAGCUGGAGUGCAGUUCCUGAGCAGCCAUUGGAUGUCACUGCCAGUGGCUUUCCGCAGGGAACAACGAAGAAGGGAAUCGGAAGCCUUCAGGCCAGAUCUCGAAUCAGCAAAGUGGAACUCUUUAGAUCAUUCCAAGAGCUGCUAAGCAGUAUUUCAGAGGACAAGUGGCCAGACUCCCUCAGGGUGCGGAAGCUAGAAACAUACCAGGAGUACAAGGAGGCUGCAUCUGCUUACCAGGAAGCCUGGAGCGCACUCCGGAAGCAGGCAUUUGGGUCCUGGAUCAGAAACCCCCCGGAUUACCACCAGUUUAAAUGAGAAGAGAAAGUCUGCAAAGAGCUUACUGGCAGCAAGGUAUUUUCCAGCCCUUCAUGCUGGACCAUAUUUUUCCCUUUGUGCUGGAUAAGCCUUAGCUUUUCUUGAGGCUGAAUGAGGACAAAAACUCUGCCUUCUACCAGAGCAACAUAUCUCUUCUGUGCAAGAGGGAUGGAACUGCGGAUCAUGGAACAAUCUAUACUUGACUUAAGCAGCUGUCUGCUAAAAUGGAAUCUCGCUAAUGACCUUGGUAUCUAUCUGUCCUGACUUGUUUUUUAUUGCUUCUCUGAAAUAUGAACUAAGAAUUUGAAAUACUAUGAUACUUUAAAAGUGAUGCUCUGCUUUGUAUUCCUACAUUAAUUCCUACAUUAAGUGUAUUGGGCUGAGAUGAUGUUUUCAUCUCUGCCAGUUCUAGAGCUUUGCCUCGCAUAGUGGAUGUAUAUUUCGUAUACCCAGCCUUUCUUCCUUCGGAGAGCCACCCUUUCCUGCUCAGUGGGAAAC